UUUGACAGUCCGCAGUGACAUUCGUUCGAAAAUGUGUUUUCGUGUGGGGAACUUGUGGCAAGCGGUUCCAAAUGAUUUCAUAAGACGACAUAACGUUCGCUUUGCUCGCAUAUUAAUCGUGUGGACGCCAGCGAAGUAACCUGACAAACAAUGAAGUGUCACUACGAGGUUCUCAGUGUAGCUCGGGAUGCUAGUGACUCCGAAAUCAAAACAGCUUACAGGAAGUUGGCUUUGCAAUGGCACCCUGACAAGAACUUGGACCAGGUUGAGGAGGCCAAGGAGCAGUUCCAACAGAUUCAGCAAGCCUACGAGGUUCUCUCGGAUCCCCAAGAACGGGCGUGGUAUGAUAAUCACCGGGAGCAGAUUCUGCGAGGCAAGAACUCGAAUUACGAGGACAACUCGCUGGAUCUGUUCCAAUAUUUCUCGGCAUCCUGCUUCAAAGGGUAUGGUGAUGACCCGGGUGGAUUCUACAGAGUAUAUGGAGAAGUUUUCGAGAAAAUACGGGCGGAAGAUGCAGAGUUUAUGGAGGAUGAAGAGGACAUCGAAGCAAUUCCCAUGUUUGGGGAUUCGCAGAGUAGUUACGAGGACGUAGUGGGUCCGUUCUACGCUUAUUGGCAAAGUUACUGCACAAAGAAGAGCUACGCUUGGCUAUGUCCGUACGAUAUAACAGAAAUAAAGGACAGGAGAGUGUUGCGGGAGAUCGAGAAAGAUAUGAAAAAGGUGGUUCAGAAGGCUAGGAAAGAACGGAACGAAGAGGUCAGAAAUUUGGUUGCGUUCGUCCGGAAAAGGGACAAACGGGUGCAGGCUAACAAGAGGCUGCUCGAAGAAAGGGCGGCCAUGAAUCGACUGAAACAGGAACAGAAUAGGCUGGAGCAAAUUCGUCGACGGCGGAAGGAGUUGGAAGAACAUCACAAAAACCAAAGUCACCACCACAAUAAUGACGAAUACGAGGAGCAACUUCGUCAGUUGGAUCAAGAGUACGCUGGCUUAGACGACGUUUCAGAUGAGGAUUCUUCAGAAGAAGCCGACGAGCUUGCAGAUUCUAUCGGGGAGGUGGAUAUCGAAGAAAGUCUUGAAGACUUCGCGGACGAACUGUACUGCGUAGCUUGCAACAAAGCAUUCAAAAAUGUGAAUGCUUUUCUAAACCACGAGACUUCGAAAAAACAUCGGGAAAAUGUGGAUAGGUUGAAGAGAGAAAUGCUGGGUGACGAGCAGGCGUUUGUAAAUGCUGCUCAGAAUGCAUCAAAUGGCUGUGAUAACUCGGAAGCUGAAGCAGACGAAAUAAAAGAGGCAGAGCAAGAAGAAAGCUUACCGGAAAGUAAAAGUCGAGGAAAGAAGAGCAAAAAAAAUAGACGAAAUAAAGUCGAAUUGAACGAUGGGAAUGAUGAGGAAGAGACGAUUCCAGAUCUGUUAAAUGAUUUAGCCAAGGAACAGGACGACUGGUGCGACGAUAAGAAAACUAAGAAGAACAAAUCUAAGAAAGGAGUACCAAAGGCGGGUGCUUCUGUCAAGGCAAGCAAACCAUGCGAAGAGGUUACGAGCAAAAAUGCGCCUGCCCCGAAGGAGGCUCCCGAGUUAGACACAAAUCAUAGUUGCGUAACUUGCAAGUCAUCGUUUCAAUCUAAGAAUAAGCUCUUCCAGCACCUGAAGGCAACAGGACACGGAGUAUAUAUCCCCAAGGGCUCACCAGCACCAGACGCGACUAAAAAGAAAGGCAAACGAAAUAAAUAGGCAGAGUUGAAAAAGUCAUACAAAAUUGUAUAUUGAACCUUAGAAAAGCGAAAGUCAAUUAGAUUGUUCAACUUAAUACUAUCUUUGGAUCUGUCGUUUUUUCGAAGUAAUGAAAUAAAUGAGACUUUAAGUGA